UCGUGCACUUCCGGAAGAAGCGGAAGACAACAGUGGAAAAUUCACAGCUCAUAUGUAAAAAUAUCCAAACAACUACACAGAAACAGACAUUUUGAGUCGAGUCGUUUGACAACCAAAGACCUCAGCUGUCGACAUGUUUUCCUUCCAAGUAUAUGACCACCCGAUGGCCCGGGGGUUUCAGAACCGCUUCUCCACUCAGUACCGCUGCUACUCGGUGUCCAUGCUGGCAGGUCCCAACGACCGCUCCGACGUGGAGAAAGGAGGCAAAAUUAUAAUGCCACCUUCAGCUCUCGACCAACUCAGCAGGCUUAACAUCACAUAUCCAAUGCUUUUCAAGCUGACCAACAAGAACUCAGACAGAAUGACACACUGUGGCGUUUUGGAGUUUGUUGCAGACGAGGGAAUCUGCUACCUGCCGCACUGGAUGAUGCAAAAUCUCCUGCUGGAGGAAGGUGGUCUGGUCCAGGUGGAAAGUGUUAACCUCAUGGUGGCCACUUACUCAAAGUUCCAGCCACAGAGCCCUGACUUCCUGGACAUUACAAACCCCAAAGCAGUACUGGAGAAUGCUUUGAGAAACUUUGCCUGCCUGACAACUGGUGAUGUCAUAGCUAUCAACUACAAUGAAAAGAUAUAUGAGCUGCGAGUAAUGGAGACCAAGCCAGAUAAAGCCGUUUCCAUCAUCGAGUGUGACAUGAAUGUGGAUUUUGAUGCACCUUUGGGUUACAAAGAGCCUGAACGACGACCUCAGCACCAGGAGGAACCAACAGAGGAAGAAGCAGAUCCCACCAGUUACGCCGACAUGGACAUGGGAUUCAGGGCUUUCACUGGCUCUGGCAAUCGUUUGGAUGGUAAAACUAAAGGGAUCGAGCCCAGCCCUGUCCCUCUUGGCCCAUGUGACAUCAAAAGAGGCAUUCCCAACUACGACUUCAAAAUUGGCAAAAUCACCUUCAUCAGAAACUCGAGGCCACAGCCUAGAAAAAUUGCUGAUGAUGAUGAUGCCAUGAACAGAUUCAUCGCUUUCUCUGGAGAAGGACAGUCACUACGCAAGAAGGGCAGAAAGCCUUGAAGGAUUCAGAGUGAGACUGGCUGAUGUGCAGAGGCUCAACAUAUCUAUUGUCACCUUCAGCAGCAACGUAAAAAACAAAAAAACUGGCCUUCAGAUGCAUUGGUAUUUCAUGUCUCUGACCCUUUGAAAUGGGAGUUUUGCUGUCGAGUUAGGAUUAUAUGUAAUUAAAACUCUGUACUAUCUUGCUCAACAGAGGCCAAGUUUUGCAAAAUGCUGUCUGGAGUUUGUAGAAUAAAUUAAGAUAAAUUAUAUGAGCACACCACCAACAAAAAGAAUAACUUGAUCAUUGUUAUAUUAGAGCAUAUUCCCCCUUUUCCCGUAAUUGUUGCAAUUUUACAAGUGACUUUAUCCAGAGUCCCAUUCUUAUGACAAAAUGGGAGCAAUAAUAGAGUUAUAGGACUCAUUUGCAGUUUUAUUUUUCUUUUUUUCUUGGUUUAUUUAUAGUCAAAUAAAGGAUUGUGUUUAUUAA